AUGACGAACUCCCCUUCAAAUCACACCGCCGGCCUUUCAGAGAAGGAAUACCAAGAGAAGAAAUCCAGCAUCAGCGUCAAGGUCCAAGAAAAGAUGCAUUCCCUCAGCCGUUCGAGCACUUCAAGCUCCUCCGAGAGCUUCGAAAUGAAGAACAUGCGCACCUCGGCCGAAUCUGUGAGGAGCAGGUCUCCCCCAAGGUCCUCUCCCAAGCCUUCAUCAUCAUCGACCUCGUCCAAGACCAGCAAACCCAAGGCCCGAGCACAGAGCACCACCUUCUCGGACUGUGGCCGACACAGCAAUCAAUGGCUCUUCGGCAACGUGAGCAUAACAGACUCGGUCAAGAGUCAUCAACGGAAGCGUAACAACUCUGGGUCAUCGCGCAUGGAAGAACAACGACCUUCAAAGUCAAGGAUCACGGAGCCUCAACCGGCAGAAAUACAGCCAACGGUGGUUGCAGGACCAAAACCGACAACCACUCCUAACGAUGAUGAGGACAACAUCAAACCCUUGUCACGAGAGACUGGCAGAUCCUUGACGGAAUCUACGACAGCAUCUGGUGAAACUACCUUUACGGCAGCCAGCUCGAGCAGCGGGUAUACUGCCAGUACGAAUACCAGCUAUUCGACGACACCGGCUGCUCAGCGCAAGGUUGGCCCAGGUGAACGAAUGAGACGAAUUUUCGGUGGUGUGCCGAAGCCAUCGGCCAGGAGAUGA